UUCAAAAUGGAGAUUGUCGAAAAAAAAAAAAAGAUCACAGAUACAGAUACAAAGAGGAGUCCUCUAUCUAUGUCUAUGGCUCUGCUGUAGUUCAGUUGGCAAGUGCAGCCAGGACACACGGACCAAUUCCUGGACAAGAGAGACUUGAGUUUUAUGGUCCAAAGUGAUUCCUGAUGGUAGCUACAGACUGAGAAGGAAGGACUGACUGACUAUAACUACAACCUCUACCAGAUUAAGACCUCAAACGGGUUUGUGUGACCUACCCUUCAGUGUGGGGGUGUUAGGACUAUCCCUCUGACAGCAUGGCCCCUGCGGUGGGCGGUCCGGUGGGCUACACUCCUCCAGAGGGGGGCUGGGGCUGGGCGGUGGUGGUGGGAGCCUUCAUCUCUAUUGGCUUCUCCUAUGCCUUCCCCAAGUCCAUCACUGUCUUCUUCAAGGAGCUGGAGGCCACCUUUGACGCUACUCCUUCACAGGUCUCAUGGAUCUCCUCUAUCAUGCUGGCCUGCAUGUACGGUGGAGGACCAAUUAGCAGUAUUCUGGUGAACCGCUAUGGCAGUCGACCAAUCAUGAUGCUAGGGGGCUGUCUGUCAGGAAGUGGUUUGAUAGCAGCUUCCUUCUGCAACACUGUGCAACAACUCUACUUCUGUGUCGGAGUUAUUGGAGGUCUGGGUCUAGCGUUCAACCUGAACCCGGCGUUGACUAUGAUUGGUAAAUACUUCUAUAAGCGUCGUCCUAUAGCUAAUGGCAUUGCCAUGGCGGGCAGCCCAGUCUUCCUGUCCACGCUGGCUCCUCUUAACUCCUGGUUCUUUGACCAGUUUGGUUGGAGGGGCUCCUUCCUCAUCCUAGGUGGUCUACUGCUCAACUGCUGUGUAGCCGGGUCCUUGAUGAGACCCAUUGGACCCAAACCUGCCGACCCCCAACUGUCGGAGAACGGGGAGGUGAAGAGGGCGGAGUCUAAUCUGACGGUGAUGCAGCGUGUCAAUGCUGUGAUCGACCUGACGCUGUUUAAACACCGCGGCUUCCUGCUGUAUCUCCUUGGCAACGUCAUCAUGUUCUUUGGCCUGUUCUCUCCCCUAGUCUUCCUCUCCAACUACGCUAAGAGUAAGGACAUCAGUAAAGAGAAGGCUGCUCUGCUUCUCUCCAUCCUCGCCUUUGUUGACAUGUUCGCCCGUCCUUCUAUGGGGCUGUUAGCCAACACCCGCUGGGUCCGACCCAGGAUACAGUACUACUUCGCUGCAUCCGUGCUCUAUAACGGGGUGUGUCACGUCUUGGCACCGCUGUCCGUGGACUAUGUAGGCUUCGUGGUGUAUGCUGUGUUCUUUGGGUUUGCGUUCGGCUGGCUGUCAGCAGUUCUGUUUGAGACUCUGAUGGACCUGGUCGGGGCCCAGAGGUUCUCCUCAGCCGUCGGACUCGUCACCAUCGUGGAGUGUGGACCGGUACUGCUGGGACCGCCACUACUCAGUCGUUUCUAUGACUUCUAUGGUGACUACCAGUGGACCUACCUGUGUUGUGGUAUCAUCCUCAUCAUCUCCUCAGUUUUCCUCUUCGUAGGGAUGGGCAUAAACUACAAGCUGUUGGAGAGAGAGGAGGAGGAGGAGAGGAGAGAGACGGAGAGGCCCAAGGAGGAGUGCACGGCCAUGCUGGAGGGAGAGAAGGGAGAGAGGAGAGAGACUGAGCGGCCCAAGGAGGAGUGCACAGCCAUGCUGGAGGGAGAGAAGGAAAGGGAGGAGGAGAGUAGUGAGGCCACACCCAUGACGGAUGUUUCUAAGAUGGAUGAAGAUAUUGUUUAGCAGGCGAAACAACAAUUAGAAUAAUUUGAACACUGUAAAUUCACCACAACUAAGCCCAAAAAGAGAACAUGAUCAUUUCAUACCUUGAUUACAUUGAGAAUAGUUGGGAGCACAUUUCCUAAAUUCAAAUAAUUUUUAGUUGAAUUCCUGUAUCCCCUUAUUAUUACUAUAAUUAUUAUUAUUAUUAUUACUACUACUACUACUUCAGGGGGACCUAAAAAAUCACUUUCGGGCUGGUUUUGGCCCGUGGGCCGCCUGUGGCCAACCCCUGCUGUAUAGAGACUGACCUGAACUGGACACACACCCUCUGGUUUUAGGUACCUUUGGUAAACUGAGCUGAGUCCUCUACAGUAGACGAGCAAUAACACAGAGGACUACUGUCUCUGAGCUCACAUAUACAUACAACAUCCAGUAUCUAUCCCAGCUCUACACACUGUCUUCAUACAUACCUGAAUGGUCAUGUCAUCACAUCAGUCUUUGUGCUUCCCAGAUCCUGUGUGCGGUACGAUCAAUCACAGUAUUACAGGUGAUCAGAAUGAUUGAUAGUGUUUGUUUUUAUAAUGUUAAUGAUUAGUAGAAAGUAGAGACUAUUGGGAUUCUGUAAUGAUGUAGAUUUCUAGUUGAGAAGCACAACGAUGUGAUUUCAACCACUAAGCUUUUCAGUUUAGCUGAGAAGCUUUUUGUAAGCACUUUGAACAUCUUUCUGAAGACACACACCCGUUUGAGUGUGUGGACGUGUGUGGGGGCGUGUUUAACUAUUUUUGUCCCCCACAAGAGUAGUAAAGGAACAAAAAUGUGACCAACUGGGGACAUUUUGUUAGUCCCCACAAGGUCAAAUCCUAUUUCUAGACGGUUUAAGGUUAGAAUUAGUGUUAGAAUGAUGUUAAGGUAAGAGUACAGAUUGGGGAAAAUGGGAUUUUGAAUGGGACUGAAUUGUGUGUCCACAGUUAGCUUGGUGUGUGUGGCAGGCAGACACGCAGGCGGACACGCAGGCAGAUAGACAGACACAGGCAUUUCUUUUAGUGCUGUAUCAUAUCAGCAGAUACUGUAUCAAUAUGUCCCAAACUGAAUCCUGUUCCCUAUAUAGUGCACUACUUUAGACCAGAGCCCUAUUCCCUGUAUAGUGCACUAAGGUAAAGGGUACUAUUUUGAGGUCUUAUGUCUACAGAUACAGUAUGAGCGUUAAUUCAGUAAGUCCUUCCAUUCAGCAGUCUGGGGUAGUACCAGCUGUCACCAGGAGAGGGCAGUAGAGUCUUUAGAACAUUCAGCAGUCUGGGGCAGUACCAGCUGUCACCAGGAGAGGGCAGUAGAGUCUUUAGAACAUUCAGCAGUCUGGGGCAGUACCAGCUGUCACCAGGAGAGGGCAGUAGAGUCUUUAGAACAUUCAGCAGUCUGGGGCAGUACCAGCUUUCAGCAGUCUGGGGCAGUAGAGUCUUUAGAACAUUCAGCAGUCUGGGGCAGUACCAGCUGUCACCAGGAGAGGGCAGUAGAGUCUUUAGAACAUUCAGCAGUCUGGGGCAGUACCAGCUGUCACCAGGAGAGGGCAGUAGAGUCUUUAGAACAUUCAGCAGUCUGGGGCAGUACCGGCUGUCACCAGGAGAGGGCAGUAGAGUCUUUAGAACAGUGUUCACGUUUUCUGACUCAAAAUCACUUUCACAGUCAACAAGUCAGCCAAGAUCUACAGCUCAGAUUGUUUUUCCUUAAAUUACUUUAAUAAUGUAACAUGAACCUAAUAAAAACAGUUCUGUCGGAUUGUGCAGUAGGCCUAAUUCAUUAUCACAGCAUAUUGGCUAUGUGCCUGGCCUGCCAAUAUGGUUCUUAUUCGACCAUAUUAUAUUUCAAAUAUCGAGCCUUGAUAACAAAAUAGAUCAGUUGGUGUAGCACUUGCAAGGCACUGUGGAGCAUUAAUUAAAAUAUUAUAAUAAUAAUAAGAUUGUUUUUCCUUAAAUGAUGAUGAUUGACUAAGAAUACCUUGAAGGACCGUGCUUUAGAACAUUCAGAAGGCUGGGGUAGUACCGGCUGUCACCAGGAGAGGGCAGUAGAGCCUUUAGGACAUUAGAACCUUCUCUCUGGGUUAGGUUGCCCAGGGGACAAAGAUUUAUCCUCAAUAAUUUUUCAACCUUUCAGAUUUUUGUCAUUUAACUCCAUCGAUCAGCACCCCACAUUGAAAUGUUUUUAGAAACAGAAUUAAAUCAUGUUUGUAACACUUGAUUACUUUAGCAUUUUUUGUUCUCAGUCUUCCAUGAUAUUGUGACGCAGCCUUUCUUUACUGUGUGUGAUGUCAUGUUUAAAGGAAGUGUUUCAUGUUUUUCCUAUUUGAUGGAUGGUAAUGAAGAACAGUGUUGCUGCUUCAGUUGUAGUAUUCAAUAGCUAGCUAUUAUCUGGUGCUUAAUGAGGGAUUUGGGCCCUGUUUAGAUCCACUCAAACACUGCCUUUCUGCCUCCCCUCCUUUCUGCCAUUUUGUGAGGAAGGAUGAGGUACAUAUUUGAACUGAAGGAAUAUAAAGCUACUGUGGCUUGUGAUGUCUUGAGGUGAACCCUGGUUGUAAAAAGACACCUGGAAGGUUGACAGGAUUUAACAUUUAAUAAGUACUCUUCCAGCAGUGUGGAGGAGUUUUGGUUCUUGUGAUCAAUGUUCCCUUAAAAUAAAUUAGGCGCUGAGCAAAUUUCAGGUCUGCUUAGCACAAACUUGUUGAAUGUUGUGAAGGAUCUGUGCAACUUCCGGCGCGUUUACUGAGGCUGUACCGGCUUUACAGUUACAUUUGCAGACAGUGGUCAAGUAGGCUACUGUGGCUAUGUGAUCAUAAUGUAGGCCUACCAGAGUGGCAUAGCAUCAAAACAAUGGAGAAAAUGCAUCCCAUAACAUUUGAACAUGGAAAUUGCUGUUGCAUCAAUCCCCCCGUAGCAGCCAAUGUGUGGUUUGUGUAGAGGACGAGUCAUAGUUCCUAAUCUGGUGGGUUCUGCCUAAAACACAAUCACUUGCAUAGUUAGUUUUGCAUACGAAGUCUUGCAUAGUUAAUUUUGUUUCGGUAUGUUACAUAGAAAGCGGUUAAUAUUUCAUUGAUUCUCUGACAAUUCCCACAGUAAAGGGAAACAUUGAGAGAGUGAAUUACAGGGAGAAAACUCUAGAAAGUUGAGUGAAGUUAAGUCUCGUGCUUCAUCUUAGAUGGAACAUUGCUAGUGAUUUUAUAGUUGAAUAUCUCCGCAGCACAAGCCAGCAGGUUGACCUCUAGAGUUCGGAGAACAGUAGAAAACAUUUGACAUUUCACUGGAAAGAAAACAUGACUGUGUAAAAAUAACAAACAAUGCAGUGUUACUUUUUAUGGGGAGGAAAUGAAUAAACCAUUUAAAACACAA